GAAGAAGUAUAUACUAUCUGUCAUCGCGGUGACAGGUUGUGUUCACUGACAACACGUUAAAUAAAAAUAACAAUAGCGUGCGUGUAGCGCGCGCCUGUUGUGCUAGUAUCUGAAAUCUGAAGAAAUUUUCCGUUUCUUAACCUCACACGUGUGUUAUUUUAAUUCUUUGCCAAUUAUUGACCGAUAAUAUAUUGUAUUAUAAUGCGUGUGAAUGCUCAUCGGUGCUUAUCAGUGUGUGUCGUGUGUCUCAUCGUGCGUGUUAAAUAGAUCUCGCUAUUUGUUCCAAGAUCUUUUAUCAUAUAGUUACACACAGAAAGGAGAAAAAAGUAAUUUAUUGUUUAUAGCGAGAGAAACAAAUAUGUACACAUAUUUGUGCAAUAAAUAAAAUAACAAAAUAUAUGUCAUCAAUGAAAUGUAUAUGAUUGAUCAUCGCUUCAAACCAGAAUUUUCGAUCAGCGGUACAUAUAACUAAACACAGCAAAAAGGAAAUGAAAGCGUCAUUGAUUCUAUCUUUAACUUUACGCUCCCAUUUGUGUCAAAAACAUCAAGCCGAAAAUAAACUUCACGAAUGUCGCGACGCGUCUAGAUAGUUCUACACCGGUUAUAAUACGACGCACGAGCGCCUUCGCUUCUAAUCGAAUCUUCAGAGCGAGCGUGAGCUGACUUGGAAAUCACACAAGUUUAUCUUUCCAAUUGUGUAUAUUUUGCGACAAAAUUUUUAAAAAAAGUGAAUUACUCACUGAUCCUUGAAGUUUAUGAUUAUUUUGAGACUUUUUGAGCUAUAAAAAUUUGUGUCAAGCAGAUUUUUGUAUUACAUCAUGACGAAAUCGGAUAUAACUGCACAAGAGUGGAAGGAGAAGGGUAAUGAAGAGUUUAACAAAGGCAACUGGUCAGAAGCUUUGAAUUGCUAUACAAAUGCAUUGAAAUUAGCAAAGGAAGAUAAUACUGAGAAAGCAGUAUACUAUAAAAAUCGAGCUGCUGCUUUUUUGAAGCUAAAAGAUUAUGAGAAAGUGGUCAAAGAUUGUGAUGACUCACUGAAGAUAUGUCCUAAUGAUCCCAAGGCGUUGUUUCGCAGAUGUCAGGCGUUAGAAGCAUUGGACAGAUUUGAGGAAGCUUACAGAGAUGCGAGAAAUAUCAUUUUAUCUGAUCCCAAUAACAAAUCUAUUCUACCUAUAGCUACACGUUUACAUGAAAUUGUACAAGAACGAUUUAAGGAGAAUUCACGCGUCAGUGCCAAAGUGUCGCAAAUGUUUGACUUAGCUUUUACCAUGACCAACGAUAAAGAGAAACGCGAGACUGCAAUGAACAAUCUGCUUGUGCUAGCACGUGAAAGAGCUGGUGCGGAGGAGAUCUUUAAAGAGGGAGGUGUGUCAAAAAUCACAAAACUCUUGAAAUUGGAGAAAAACGAAGAAAUAAUAUGUAGCGCGAUUCGCAUUGUCGGGGAAUUAUGCAAAAACAAUAUCAGUCGGACCAAGUCCAUCAUAGCAGAUAUUGGUUUGCCAUGGUGUCUGGAGAUGAUAAACAGUAAAUUCGCAGAAAGAGUCACUGCGGCGCAAUAUUGUUUACAGACUAUAUUAAAUACUUACAGCGGAUUGGACAACAAGCCUGAUUCGAAACCCGACAAAGCUCUAUGCGAGGUUCAUAAAAAGGAAAUAGACACGAUUCUGUCGUGUUUGUUGUACAGUGUGACAAAUAGAACAAUUACAGGCCUCGCUAGAGACGCAAUUAUAGAGCUUAUUAUCCGAAACGUUCAUUACACCGCAUUAGACUGGGCCGAGCGAUUAGUCGAUCUUCGCGGAUUGCAGAGGUUGAUGGAAGUGGCUAGCGAGAUGGAGGAAUAUAAAUAUGAAUCCUCGAUGGACGUUACGUCCUCUACGCGAACCAUAACUAGCGUGUGUCUAGCUAAAAUAUAUGAGAACAUGUAUUAUGACGCCGCUAAAGAAAAGUUCAGAAACGCUAUUGAUGAAUUUAUCAAAGAUAAAUUGCUUACGCCUAAUAUAGAAUCCAAGGUACGUGUGGUGGUUGCGAUAACGACUUUAUUACUGGGCCCGCUGGACGUUGGUAAUGCGAUCGUGGCUAAAGAAGGAAUUUUGGAAAUGAUUCUCGUCAUGGCGGGAACGGACGAUGUGCUGCAGCAGAAGGUCGCUUGCGAGUGCAUCGUUGCGGCUGCAUCGAAGAAAGAUAAAGCCGCAACGAUUAUAAAUCAAGGUGUAAAUAUACUGAAAAAAUUAUAUCAAUCCAAAGACGACUCAAUUCGAGUGCGAGCGUUAGUAGGACUGUGCAAAUUGGGCAGUUCCGGAGGUACGGACGCGACUAUAAAACCGUUUGCGGAAGGAGCGACGAAGAAACUGGCAGAGGCUUGCAGACGAUUCCUGAUCAAUCCCAAGAAACAGAAGGAUAUGAGGAAAUGGGCUGUAGAGGGUUUGUCAUAUCUCACUUUCGAUGCCGAAGUCAAGGAAAAGCUGAUCGAGGAUCAGGAAGCCAUUCAGGCAAUGAUCGAGGUUGCCAAGACCGGCGAUCAAUCGGUUCUUUACGGCGUGGUCACUACGUUGGUGAACUUGUGCAAUGCUUACGAUAAACAAGAACUCAUACCUGAAAUGAUAGAACUAGCAAAGUUUGCGAAACAUCAUAUACCCGAGGAACAUGAGCUGGACGAACCUGACUUCGUGAACAAGAGGCUGUGCACGUUAGCCAAGGCCGGUGUGACCAGCGCCCUGGUCAGCCUCGCGAAGACAGACAGUCAGAACAGCAAGGAAUUAAUAGCGCGCGUUUUCAAUGCGAUAUGCAGUCAAGUGGAGGUGAGAGGAAUAGUCGUCCAACAGGGUGGUGCAAAGGCACUGUUGCCGUUAGCGUUAGACGGCACGGAGAAGGGAAAGAAGCAGGCCUCGCAGGCUCUGGCUCGUCUGGGUAUCACGAUAAACCCAGAAGUCGCGUUUCCAGGCCAGAGAAUCAUGGAAGUGGUUCGUCCGUUUAUUAAUCUUCUAAACCCGGAGUGUUCCGCUCUCGAGAACUUUGAAAGUCUGAUGGCUCUGUGCAAUCUGGCCGGUGUUAACGACAGCGUGCGAAAACGCAUAUUGAAGGAAGGAGGAUUCCAGAAGAUCGAAUCCUACAUGUACGAAGACCACGACAUGUUGAGACGCGCAGCCACGCAGGUAAUAAAUAAUUUAAUAAUGUGCGAUGAAACGAUACAGUAUUUUGAGAAAGAGAACGACCGGGUCAAGUAUCUCGUGAUACUGUGCGAAGAAGAGGAUCAAGAUACCAGCAUGGCGGCUGCUGGAGCGCUGGCAAUGCUGACGUCGGUCAGCAAAGCAGCUUGUAUAAAAAUUUUCGACUCGAAAGAUUGGCUCGAAUCCCUGCGUUUUCUACUCGCCAAUCCGAACAGCGACAUGCAACAUAGGGGUGUCAUAAUCGUACUGAACAUGAUGAAGAGCACGAAAGACGUCGCUGCGAGACUCAUUGAAACUGACGUGAUGGAAAUAUUGAUGGCGUUAAGUAAAAACGAUAAUAUAGAAAAUAAAAAGAUCAAGGAAUUAGCAUCUGCCGCGUUGGAAGCUGCUGCAAAAUGGGAACUAAUUAGGAAUAUCGGAGAGACACAAGAAUCACAGAGCACUAGUAAUAUAGAACAUAUAGAUUAAAAAAAAAAAAAAAAAUACUUAUACACACGUUAAACUCUGAAGUGCCUUACAUGAUAAAAUAAUUGAAUGACUAUUACGUUUAAGUUUUUGCAAUUUUAUAGUUCUGUUAACAAGAUUAUCGAUCAUUUACAGCUAUAAAAAAAUAUAUGAUAUUUAUACAUAUCUUAGAAAUCUUUAUAUAUAUUUUAUGUAUACGUAAUUCAUGUUUGUAAUAAUUCACGAUACUUAAUUAGUAUCGCA